AUUUGAGGGGUUUUCAAGUUAUCAAUGUCUUUGACUCUGGGAGGUCUACACCGACAUGAUGAAAAAUUAAUGCUCUAAUUGACUAAAGCCACAGAGGCUUAACAAAACAGAGCCUAUGCCAUGAAGCAGCCGGAGUUUGGCAAGGAACACGAGCGACUAUACAAAUAUCAGGGAAUUAGCAAAUCUUGUUAGAGAGAAACUGUGACCUUUUCCGCUUUGAUGAAAAAGAAAUGGUAAGUGGAAUUGUGGGUAUUUAGCCUUGUGUGACAUCAUUGAGGCAUUGUAGGAAUAGAAUUUGGCUGUGGCACAUCUAAUUUGGACUUCGCCCAUUGAUUCCAGGUUGAAUAAAAAUUUUAAGCGUUGGUUUUUGAGUAGGGAGAAAUAAUAUAGAAUUUCGAGAAAAAAUCCUCGAAUCAGUGACGAGAACAAACUGUCAUAUCGAGUGUAUGUUAUGUUGAAUCGUACCCCGGAAGGCAGACGUUCAGUCAUUUGCAAGAUGAUUUCGUGAUGUAGCUGAAAACGGAGAUAUUAGGUCAUUGCAAAUAAUUAGUUACAAAAGAAACAAAACGCAUCUCUUCGAAUUACUUUCAAAAUUAGCUAAUCUGUUGUCAUACGAACGCUUAAACGAUUUAACAACCAAGAAACAUGCAGGUGUUUUGGAACUUUAAAUUAAAUUUAUUUUUUUCAGUUUAUUAAGAUACCUCAACUUCGCCACGAUAAUAGAAUGGUUUCCAAGGAGAAAAUAUAAGACAAUAAAUUCUUGAUGCAUGUGAAUUCAACCGUUAUUUCAAAAAUAUUUACUAUUUCGUUAUGUAAAUUUGUUCCUUUUCUCAAAUUACACGACACUGGUUGUUUGACAUAAAUAAAUGAUAUUUUGAAAGUAAUAUGUGUCAUGCAAUUAAAACAAUUUUGAAAAAAAGCAAAGCGAAUAAUGAUAACGAACCUAUCUGUUUAUCGUCAGGGAUCUAAAACUUGAAGGCAUCACUUUAAAGGACUGUGAAUAUGUGAACAUCAUAUGUUUGAAGUGCGAUUGAUUAGUAGAUAAAGGAGAGAGUGACCAUCACAAUAAUAAACUCUACUUAAGCAGUAAUUGAAACAAAGCCCGAAAAAAAUUUCAGGGUUGUUUGAAGAUGAGAGUAAUUAUUGCAGUAAUGAACACUACCUAAGCAGUGGUGAAAACUGAGAAGCCUGAAAAAAGGUGAGGCUUGUUUAAGGAUGAGAGUGAGAAACCCUUUAACUCCCAAGAUCUUAUUUUCAACUCUCCCCUCUAGCUGCUACAUAUUUCCUUGUAAAUUAGUUAAGAGAAUUCGGUGUUACAUGAGGAUAACAAAAAUCUUCCAGAUAAGUCUGAGUAUUCUCAUCACCUGUUUGCUGGAUAAUGUAGGAAUAUUAUAGGGAGAAGUUUCAUGUUAUUCUCUUCUGGGAGUUAAAGCGUUGAGCAGUGGUGAAAAUAAAGUCAAGGUAACUGUGACAAACCAACUAAUAUAUCUGAUCCAUGUACUGUUACACAUUUAUCUUUAAUGUGCGUUUUAAGCUGACCAAGUUCUUAUGUUCUUUCAUUUCACUUAAGGCUUCCAGUAAAUUAACCGAAGAGCAAAUAGAAGGUAAGCAAAUUCAAAUUUUUUUAAAAAAUUUUACAUUUUACAUUUAGAGUUUGCAUGGGGAAACAGUUUAUUUCAGAAAAUUAAUUAGAGCGCAGUAGGAGAUAUCAAAACCCCCCACUGUUCUUCUUAAAUAUGAAUUUGAAUAACAGAAAAAAUUAUUUUCACCCAGACUUUAGGAAAGCGUUCCUACUCUUUGACAAAGAUGGCAACGGAAGAAUAACAGCAGACGAACUGAGUGAAGUAAUGAGCUCUUUGGGUCAAAGUCCCACAAAGAAAGAGGUUGAAGCAAUGAUUCAAAAAGCUGACCAAGACGGUGAGUAUGUUCAAAAAGGAUCCUUAAUGAGUAAAUAACUUCAUUAACAUCUAAAAUCGACGGGUUUGGAAAUAGUGUGCGUACUGUUUAUCGAUCUCUAUGAGAAAGACUGCUUAAGAAACGUUAACUUCGUAGCUGCAUAUUCUAUUGGCAAUGACUAAGACGGGGUGGGUAUCAACAAAUAAAUGAACAAGAAUUGUCCCCCCCUACUGAGUUCCAAACCCCUGUCCGUUCCUUCACCGCUAUUGACCAAAAUGUUGCUCCUUUCAUCUACUCCGCUUGCAUUUCUUUUUACCCCUUUUCCAUGCCUAAAGUAAAACUACGACAAAGAAAGUGUCUUUUUAAUUUAAGGAACUUCACUACGGCAAAUUAAUACCAUUUUGAUCCAGUGAAAGACACUUUGAACGCCUCACUUACGUUCUUAGCCCGACACCUUCUUUACUCCACUGUAAAACCUUUGAUGUAGAAUUUUACGUUUCUUUCAGGUGAUGGUUCCAUUGACUUCCUAGAGUUUCUAGAAGUAAUGGCCAACAAGAUGGGCGAGCACACAUUUGAAGACGAUCUCAGGGACGCAUUUCAACUUUUCGACACAGAUUGCAACGGCUACAUUUCCAAACGAGAAUUAACUUUCGUCCUGACGAGCCUAGGGGAACAGAUCACUGAUGCUGCUGUGGAAAAUAUGAUCAAGGAAGUCGACCUGGAUGGAGACGGCAGGGUAAACUACGAAGGUAAUACUUUAGGGUACCGAUGCAUUACACUGGAUAAAAAAAAGAUUAGAUAAGGGUGAUGUCAUUGGUGUCCUGACCUUACGGGAGGCCUUUAAAAUUCAGUAACAUAAUCAAAUUUAAUCAAAAUAGACACAGACAAUGCCAGAGGUAUCAAUAAAUCUAAAGUUCGUUACAGCAAUUUUUCAGAACUACUUGGAAAUUAUUCUUGCAAGAAAUCUCCAAUGUUUCCACUGCAUAACUCUCUACAACAAAGAUGCUAACAUAUGUUUUCUACAUUGUUGCAGAAUUCCUACGAAUUAUGAAGAAAUGAAUCAAACAUCUCGAGAACAAUCUGCCAGCCAUUGCAACCUAUCUAUGAGUCAGUUUAAUUUAGCCUCAUUUUAGACCUUCACCUAUUCUAAGUAUGUAAGGGAGGUCUAAUAUUUAGGCGAUGACGUUUUUUUUUCCCCCUUCAAGUUGUACAUAAAAUGGAUAUGUAAAUAACUACUUGUUAUACAUGAAAGAAAUUACGUAGCGCUGUAGGACAUAUUGACUGACGUGUCUUCUAGAAACUUCAGCAUUGGAGCAAUUUCUCAUGUGUGUAUUAUUCAAGACAGUUAUGCGAACCCGAGGCUUCAAAAGAAAUAGUCCACGCCUCGUUAAUUGGCAGUCUGUGGUAUAACCUUCAAUCUAUUUCCUAUCAUAAUCCCUUUCUACGGUAAACAUGAACGCAAACCAUAUUGAACAACCAAAGCGUUGGCAAAAGGUAACUGUGCGUAUGAAUGAUAUAAUCAAAUUGGUAUCGAAUGAACGGGUCAAUCCCGUCUUUGACCUUUUUCUCUGAGCAGAGAUGUGUAUCACUUAUAAUGAGUUAAUUAUUUUCUGUUUCACUUCAAAUACCUCCUAAGUCGUAGUAACUUCACUUCACCUGAAAAUGUAAAUAAGCCGAGCUUUCAAAUUUAUGUAUUAAAGCUUCUUUUUUAGUGUCUCA